AUGCGAUCGGGCAUCACUCGAAAAUGGCGCCGAAAGAGCGGAGGGCUCUUCAUUCAAAUUCGAAAAUAUGAACAGCGCCUCCCCCCCGCGCCCCCCCCGCGCCUCCAAGGACCCCCGCGGCUCCCGCUGCGCUCAGGUUGCAGCCUGACCCCCCUUGUCCCCCCCCAUGGCCGCGCACCCCGCCGCAGCCAGAGGAGGGUUCGGAGCGCUCGGCGCUUGCCCGCAGCGCGCGGGCCCGAUCCCGAUCCCGACUGGCAGCCGCCGCUCCCCAUCCCCCUCCUGCCGCCGCACCGGCUCCGGGCGGCAGCGCCCCGGGGCGCCCCCCGGCCGUCCCCCGGCCGGGCUUGCGAGCAGCCCCUGAGCGGCGGAGCGGGGCUGUGGGCUCAUCCCGGGGCAGAGCGGGCCCGGAGCGGACUACACUGGUCAUUGCAAAAAAAAAAAAAAAAACAACAACCAACCCAAAAAGAAAACCAAACCAAAACAAACCCCAAACCAACUAAAAUACCCCACACACACAAACAAAAAAAAAAAAAAAAAAAAAAAGGAAAAAAGAAGGAAAAAAAAAGGCAAAAAGCCCUCUCGGAGGAACUUCACGGAGCGAGGUUCAACUCGGGCAGCGCUCCCGCCUCGGCUGCGCGCGGAGCGCUCGGAGAGAAGGCGAACUUUCAUUUUCACGCCGCAUCCUCCCCUCCGCCCCAAGCUGUGACUGAUCGUAAGAUACCUGAUGGCCGGUACAAAACACCCAGCUUUUGGGCUCAAAAAGCCUAGACCAUCAUGGCUACGAAAACUGCUGCUCAGAGUAUGUAAUUCUGGAGCUCCUUAAGGAAAAAAGUUGUGUGAUGCAACAUGUAAGUAAUCACAUAGCAAAUAUUAUACAUUUAUGUUAUUA